UAAGAAGAUUCUUCUUACCCAGUCCAACAAUUAAACCCCCGACGUCCGACUCAACGCCGGGGGAGGAAAAUCUCAGGCGCCAGGCUCCGCCGCUCCAAGAAAUCUUUCAAUUUUCGAAGAUCAUUUCUAACGAGAAUGGCCUUAAGAUUUCGGCGCUUGAGAGAAACCUCAAGGUUUUUUACCCGAAGUUUCUCAGGUGAAAAUUACAUAAAAUGUAGAACAGCUAAAAAUCUGCGGGCUUUGUCUAGAGUUCCUCAAUUGCAUGUUUCGGACAGAGUAAGCAGAAGCUUUUUACCAAGCCAAUUUCAAUUUCAACGGUUCUCAUCUGCUUCGAAAUUGCCUAAUAAGUUUUCCUCAGAAUCUAGUAUUGUGUCAUUCAUUAAAUCCUCUUUGGAUCAACUAGAAGGCCCAAAUCAUUGUUGGUUGAACAAAUUGGAAGGGAUCAACAAUGUCUCUAAAAGAAAUGGAGCCUUCUUGGUACUCACUGGACAAUUUUCUGAAAGUUAUUUCACAAAUGACUUUGAAGCUUUUACGUUUUUUGAAAAAGUAAAGUUACUUCAGCAUAGAUUUCCUCAGCUCCACAUUAUUGGUUUUCAGUCUGGCGGUUUAAAUUGUUCUGCGGCUGGCAGAAGUAAUUUAGUCCAACUAAUAGUGAAAGAAAACAUUUCCUUUCCCAUUUUAUUAUCUAAUAAGAACUUUUCUGAGGUGGGAAAUGGGGCAUGCUGCAUUUUAUUUAAACAUUUUAGGAAUCCAGUUUUUUAUCAUGAGAAGGACCUUAACCUUGAAGUUCUUAGUAAAGCUGUUGAAGAGUUACUUGAGCAGCACAAUGGAAAAUCUGAGGGACCUAAACUAUUCAGAGACUUUAGUUCAAAGCAAGAUGAGGUCAUCAAGGAACCAAAUUUACGUUCCAUGCAAAACUUACUUUUUCACUUCCCAGGAUGCAUAUCUGCAGAUGAAAGUGGGAAUCGUUUGUUCAUUUCUGACAGCAAUCAUCAUCGGAUUAUCAUAUUUAAUGGCAAUGGAAAGAUUCUGGACUGUAUUGGUUCUUCUCCAGGCUUUGAGGAUGGUGAAUUUGAAUCUGCCAAAUUGAUGCGCCCAGCAGCUUCAUUUUAUCAUGAUGAUGAGGAUUGCUUGUAUAUUGUUGAUUCAGAGAAUCAUGCCAUCAGGAGAGCAGAUUUGAGCAGGCGGAUUCUAGAGACAUUUUCUCCGGCAAGCAACGUUAAUAAGAGUUAUCAAUUUUGGAACUGGAUCAGGGAAGAGUUGGGUUUGGGAAGUGUUGCUAAUCCAGAGCCCGAAGCACAUGCUACCGAAUCACUUUUGUUCCCUUGGCAUAUGCUGUAUUCAGAUGACGAUAAUUUGUUAGUUAUAAACCGAAGCUUUGAAACUUUAUGGAUGAUAAAUUCGGCCACGGGCGAGACAGAGGAAGUUAUCAAAGGAUUUUCAAAUAUUUUGGAGAUAUGUAGAGAGCAAAUCUUGGAGAAAGUAUCCCUCUUGAAACAAAUUCCACCUAGCUGGUUGCAACAGCUAGCUUAUGCUCCCUGUGCAUCAGAUGAGCAUCCACAUAUUGGUCUCGUAUCUUCAUUAACAACCUUUCAAGAUCAGAUAAUCAUAUCUGACACAGUUGGGCAGAGAGUUGUGAAACUAAGUGAAGAUUCUAAAGUUGUUUCAAACUUUCAAUUUUCAAAUUUCGGGAUUCUUGGAUUGCCAUAUUGGUUGUCACCCCAUGUAGAGAGAGCAAAUGCUAUUUCUGGUGGAUUUCAGGGAACAGAGAUCGACCAUGUCCAGUGUUUCAAUUUGCUGCCAGGUAAAGUUGAGAUACAGCUAAACGUAAACAUCCCUGCGGAUACCGAACUUGUAGAACCUUUACAAGAAGGUUGUAUAUGGCGUCAGGCAAGAGGAGUUGCUACUAUAGUAUCAGAAGUAGAAGAUGUGGCGGGAUCCUCAGAAAAGGUUGGCUCUGCCCAAAAAUGGUAUGAUGAGCUGGACACUCUUGUCUUUACUAGUCCCGAGUCAGAAUCGGUUGAUGAUGAGGAUACAACUUCGGUCAUAAAGUUUCAAGAUGACAAAGUUCACAUUAUUACUGCUGUCAAUACAAGUCCUGGAACAAGUGAGGUUAUUAUAACCGCAGUUUUAUACUUGAGACUACGAAGAAACCCCGACCAACCGGAUGAUAAUCAAGAGAAAUACGCAGCGAGGAUAGUGGAUUUAUCGAACUCAAGGAGAAAUGGAAAGAUGGAAAGAGAUGGAUGCAUACAGUUCUUGUUAAAAUCACAGAGGGACUUGAGAGAUGUCAUUUUCAUGAAACCUCUACACGUGAGAGUAAAAUUUGACAGCUUUGAUCACCCAAAAGCUGAUAAUUCCAGAGAUAUCAUCUUAACAGAAUCAUCCAUUGAGGUCAAUGUAUCUCUUAAUUCAUGAUAGUUGCAGUUGUGCAAAACUGCUUAUUUUUGUGAUAUUUCAUUGGUGGUGGUGGUGAGUCACUAGAUUAGUUUUUUUUUUUUAAAUAUCUUUUCCAAUUCCAAUUCAAAUACUAUACAUGACUAAAAAUUGCAAAGAGGGCAAUUUUAGUCCAUAAAUUGAGGCAGAAAAACAUAUUUAUUUGUGAAGAUGACCCUUGAAAUAAAAAUUUACAAAAAUACCAAAAUGAUGGCUUUUGGUUAUCUUUUCCUUUC